AUGAAAAAUCUCCAUUUUGGUGUACAGAUACAGAUACUCCGUACAGAUGUGAAUUAUCCCAGUGGGAAGCUACUGCAAAUCAAGCCCCUAACCGCUGUCAAAUACGAUCAUCGCGCAGUGGAAGAGAUGCCGGUACACGCUAAUGUCAGGAAGGGUUUGGAAUUCGAUUCCGGCCCGCACCGUGUCUACUUGGAAACGUUUUCCAAGUUUCCAAAGUCAAAACUUCUCCAAAAUUUAUUAGGAGAGGAGUGGGUGUAUGGGUGUAUGGGUGUAUGGGUGUAUGGGUGUAUGGAUGUAUACCCCCCAAUAUUGAUCGAGAAGUGA